AUGAACUCCUUUGUGAACGAUGUGUUUGAGCGGCUGGCAGGAGAAGCCACCCAGCUGGCCCAGUACUCUGGCCACGUCACACUGACCUCCCGGGAAAUGCAGACGGCCGUGCGCCUGCUGUUGCCAGGGGAGCUGUCCAAGCAUGCCAUGUCUGAGGGCACCAAGGCCGUCACCAAAGCCUACCAGAGCCUCUGGGAGUCCUCCCACGUGACACUGCAGGAACUGCUGGAGAAGGAGCAGCCCCUGCUAGACCCCGUGCCCGACCGGGAACGCCAGUCCUUCCAGCACCAACUUUCCUCGCUCUACCUGUACUACCUGGGGCUGCUGCGCCGCCUGGACACCAUCUACGACCUGAUGGUGCAGCCGCAGAAACGGCGGCUACUGAGGCGCCUGCUGGACGGCGUGGCGGGUCGCGUGCUGGAGCUGCAGGAAGACCUGGUGCGCGCUGACCUUAGCGAGUACCGCUGUCUGGACCACGUGCUGCAGGACCUCCAGCUCACUCCGGCAGAUCUAGAGGUUCCAAUUCCCAAAUACUUCCUAUUGGAGCAGGCCAACAUUCUGAAGGACAGGGGGCUGAUGUUGAUGGAGAUCCUGUCCAAAAUGGAACCAGUGUCCUCUGAGGAGUUAUUUCCAGGAAUUCACCGAACUGAGGCCAUAAUCCUGCUGCAAAGGGCUGAACGGGCCCGGCAAGGCAGACUCCGAGCCAAGUUCAUGCGGGAAAUUCGGAGAGAGGAGGAUCGAGACCGGAAGAGUCGGGAGGACGGCAGACAUAAAUACACUCCGGCCCAGGCAUCGGUUAUCAUACAGAAGGUGUGGAAAGGCUACCUGCAGAGGAAACGCACUCAGCAGGAUCGGCAGGUAGAAAUGGAGUUCAUCGGCAUGAUCCCCUCACCCAAUGAGAUGGAGCACAAGGGCACCCUGUCCCAAGCCUGCCUCGGGAAGGAUGUCCGGAGGCUCCGCCAGACGGAGAAGGAGGAGGAGUUCCAGUUAGCCAUGACACAAACCCAUGAUUUUCUAAUAGACACAGAAGGGCCUGACAUCAAGGAGAAGAUGAAGGAACAAAUUCGACAGUGGUUUAUAGAGUGCCAAUGUAACCAGAGGAAAUACAAGUAUGUGGCUAGAAGGCUGCAUGGGGACGAUGAGAUAGGGUGGUACCUGUCGCUGGAGAAGGUGAAAAUGGAGCUGGACUUGCAGGUCCAAGAGAACAAAAAAAAGGAGCAAGAGAAAACAAAGAACAAGGAUGAAGACAAAAAGGAGAAAAAAAAAAAGAAGGAUGAAAAGGCCAAGAAGGGGGAUUUGGAUAAUAUGCUGCAAGUGUUGCCGUCCAAAUUUAUACCUAUGAUCAGUGCUGGGCAUGAGGAAUACAUAAAGCUAUGGAAGAACCGCCAAGAGAGUCCACAUCCCAGUCAAAGUUUUGACUCUCAUAUCCUCCGACAGGAAAAGAGGAAGGAAGUGGAGGUAGAGAUCCGCAUACAGGUGGAUGAGCUGAUGCGGCAAGAACUGAAGAACCUGCGUCUGGCGGUGGAUAGGGAGGAGGAAAGACCCUUGAAGGCUCCAAAGAAAAAACCUGGGAAGAAAACUGGAAAGAAGAAGAAGGAAAAAGAUCUGACCAUAAACAGGUCUCUGGACUCACUGUAUGAAGAGCUUGUCAUUCAUGGCCUUCUGAAGAAGAGUGAGACCGUGGCACUGAAGGACUAUGUUGGUGACUGCCUGUAUCUCGGAUCCACUCUGAAUGUGGCAAACAAGUUGCCCAUGCCCUCCUUGUUUGAUAUUCGUCAGAACAUUGCCUUGUACGGGAUCCUCAGGCUCGGCUCCCCAGAUAUACAUGCCAUGGCCCCUCUCAUCCGCUCCAUCCUCCUAGUAGGCCCCCCAGGCAUGGGCAAGAAGAUGCUGGUUAAGGCUGUGUGCACAGAAACUGGUGCCAAUCUCUUUGACCUGUCCCCUAGCAACCUGCAGGGCAAAUACCCUGGCAGGUCUGGUGUGCAGAUGGUCGUGCACAUGGUCUUCAAGGUGGCUCGGCUCCUGCAGCCCUCUGUGAUCUGGAUUGGGGGAGCCGAGAAGACUUUCUAUAAGAAGGUCCCCAAAGAGGAGAGGGAGAUGGACCCCAAAAGAAUAAAGAAGGACCUCACUAAGGCACUGCGCCUGUUGAACCCUGGAGACCGGGUACUGCUGAUUGGAACCACAGCUCGGCCACAACUGGCUGAGAUGAAGGGGCUCUGUCGGACCUAUGAGCGUAUCCUCCUCAUGCCCCGGCCUGACUAUGCCUCCAGAUUCGUGCUCUGGAAGCAUAUGAUAGAGACCCGGGGAGUCCAGGUGACCCAGAGCCUGGACAUCAGUUCCCUGGCCAAGAUAUCAGAUGGCUACACACCCGGCCACAUCCUCCAAGCCACCCAAUCAGUGCUGACUGAACGGAGGCUCCUACAACUAUCCAGGCGGCCCCUAGUGGCCUCUGAGUUUCUAGGGCACUUGGCAAAGCUGGAUCCUGUUUACAAAGAGGAGGAGGAAUCCCUGAAGGACUGGUACUUCAAGACUCCACUAGGCAAGAAGAGAAUGAAGUUUAACAAGGAGCAGAUGGAAACUGAGGAGUCCAGGAUGACAAAAGAUAAAAAGAAAAAGCAGUGA